AUGGCAAUAUGCGAUGCAGACUACAAGUUUUUAUUAGUUGAUAUUGGUGAUAGUGGCCGCCAAAGUGACGCAGGUGUAUUUUCAAGCGGAAAUAUUGGGUAUGCAAUCAAUGAAAAUCUAUUUCAGCUCCCCCACUCAAGAUAUUUUCGUGGAUAUGAUAAGGUGAAUUUCCCAUAUGUUUCGUUGGAGAUGAGGAGUUUCGUUGGAGAUGAGGCAUUUCCUUUAAAAAUCAAUUUGGUUAAACCUUAUCCUCGUAAUUUAUUAAAUGAUGGAAGGCGCAUAUUUAACUACAGGCUAUCAAGAGCUAGGCGAGUAAUAGAAAAUACAUUUGGCAUAUGCGCAUCCAGAUUUCGAAUCUUUCGCAGGUCCAUAAUUGGCACUGUAAAACACGUUACAGAAAUAACAAAAGCAGCAGUAGCCUUGCAUAAUUUUUUAAUGGAUGAUAGGAAAAUGUACUGCCCGUCCGGCUUUGGUGAUUGUGUUACAAAUGGUAUGUUGAAAGAGGGUAGUUGGAGAGAUGAAGAGAAUUUUCAAGGAGCGUUAUUAGACAUUAAAAGAGUGUCUUCAAACAAUUUUACAUUGGAGGCUAAGGAAGUUCGUGAUAGUUUUUGCGAGUAA